CAGGAACCAGAUCGGUGUUUAUGGUGUGGCCACAGCGGGGAGACCAGCAUGGCUGGGAUGGUGUGAGGACAGCAGGCCUGGUGCCUAUAGGUCCAGCUUUUGUCUCUUCCUAGGGCCUCCCUCACUUACCAGUUGGACAUGGCCCUAGAGUGAAGAGGCAGGUCGGCUGGGGAGCAGCCUGGGUCUGAAAGGGCACUAGCGUAACCCUGGAAUAUACUUCAGAUAUUUGGUGCCAGCGAACUUGGACUUGUUUGACUCUGGGUGAAAUACAAAGUGGCUCCUAUCCAGUGACACAGAAUCCUUGAGGACUUCCUCCCUGCGUCACCUGUGUCUGGGGGUCAUUGGGCAGCUGGCAGAUGCAAGUGGCAGGGUGUGGCCUGAAACCAGUGAACUGACAUUAGCCUAAAGUGAGCAGCCACAGCUGGAAUUCAGAAAAUGUUGCCUGGUGAAGUGCCACUCCCCGAGGACAGAGACUUCUGCUACUGUCUGCGUCCUGAGUGGCUUAAUGUGCCUUCCGAGAAGUUGGCUUGGCAAAAUUGCAUGUGAUGCAUUCUUGUAAUGAUCUCUAAUUUUGGAUAUAAAGAAAGAUGACUACAUGGUUUUUAUUCUAAGAAAACCAGCGUUCUCCCCAUCUCUGGGCCAUGCUAAACAGCUGGUGAAGGUUUGCCUGCGCUUCCCCCACCAUGGUUGACGGUGUCAAAUAUGAAGUGGCCUCCCAGCAUGAGGUGGAUGUGGCCCCUCAGGAAGAUGGGACGAGCUCAGGGUCGGAGCAGGUGAAGCUGAAAAAGGAGAUCUCCCUGCUCAAUGGCGUGUGCCUCAUCGUGGGAAACAUGAUCGGCUCCGGCAUCUUCGUCUCCCCCAAGGGCGUGCUUAUGUACAGUGCCUCCUAUGGCCUCUCGCUGGUCAUCUGGGCCGUCGGGGGCCUCUUCUCUGUGUUCGGGGCCCUUUGCUAUGCGGAACUGGGCACCACCAUCAAGAAGUCAGGGGCCAGCUAUGCCUACAUCCUGGAGGCCUUUGGGGGCUUCCUCGCUUUCAUCCGCCUCUGGACGUCACUGCUCAUCAUCGAGCCCACCAGCCAGGCCAUCAUCGCCAUCACCUUCGCCAACUACAUGGUGCAGCCCUUCUUCCCCAGCUGCUUCGCCCCCUAUGCUGCCAGCCGCCUGCUGGCUGCUGCCUGCAUCUGUCUCUUAACUUUCAUAAACUGUGCUUAUGUCAAGUGGGGAACUCUGGUACAGGACCUUUUCACCUAUGCUAAAGUAUUAGCGCUGAUUGCGGUCAUCAUAGCAGGCAUUGUUAGACUGGGCCAAGGAGACACUACUCACUUUGAGAAUUCUUUUGAGGGCUCAUCACUUGCAGCAGGUGACAUUGCCCUGGCGCUGUAUUCGGCUCUAUUUUCCUACUCCGGCUGGGACACCCUCAACUAUGUCACUGAGGAGAUCAAGAAUCCUGAGAGGAAUCUGCCCCUGUCCAUUGGUAUUUCCAUGCCUGUUGUCACCAUCAUCUACAUCUUGACUAAUGUGGCCUAUUACACUGUGCUAGACGUGGGGGACAUCUUGGCCAGUGAUGCUGUUGCUGUGACUUUUGCAGACAAGAUUUUUGGAAUAUUCAACUGGACAAUUCCCCUGGCAGUUGCAUUUUCCUGUUUUGGUGGCCUCAAUGCCUCCAUUGUGGCUGCUUCUAGGCUCUUCUUCGUGGGAUCCAGGGAAGGCCAUCUCCCUGAUGCCAUCUGCAUGAUCCAUGUGAAGCGGUUCACACCAGUGCCUUCUCUGCUCUUCAAUGGGAUCAUGGCACUCAUCUACUUGUGUGUGGAGGACAUCUUCCAGCUCAUUAACUACUACAGUUUCAGUUACUGGUUCUUUGUGGGGCUCUCUAUCAUGGGUCAGCUCUAUCUCCGCUGGAAGGAGCCUGAUCGACCUCGCCCCCUUAAGCUCAGCCUUUUCUUCCCCAUUGUCUUCUGCCUAUGCACCAUCUUCCUGGUGGCUGUUCCACUUUACAGUGAUACCAUCAACUCCCUCAUUGGCAUCGCCAUUGCCCUCUCGGGCUUGCCCUUCUACUUCCUCAUCAUCCGAGUGCCAGAGCACAAACGGCCUCUUUGCCUCCGAAGAACCGUGGCAUCAGCCACCUGGUACCUCCAGGUCCUGUGCAUGUCAGUUGCCGCAGAAAUGGAUUUAAAGGAUGGAGAAGAGAUGCCUAAGCAACAGGAUCCCAAAUCUAGUUAAAUACCUUUUGGAAUCCCGAGGUGGGGACAAGGCCUCACGUUUCCUACAAGAUGGAGUCUACGAAGUUGAAAGCUCACUUUGGAGGUAUCCUCCAGGAGUCUCAUCGAGGCAGCUUCAGCCACUGAACUUGCAUCUUGACACAUGAAUAGUAAUUUAUUUGUUUUGCUACAUAUUGCUCUAGACUUUUUAAGGGACGACAAAGCAGACUGGUGGGGAGCGUGUCAGGGGUGGGCCUGAUGGUUCUGGUGGCGCCUGUGAAUGUACCUAGCCAUUCCUCCCUUUUUCUGAAAAGGGCCAACAUCAUUCCAAACUUCCUGUCUCCUCAGACAUGAAGCUGUCACAGGUGCUGGACAAGAAUAAAAGGCUUAUGUUCCUUUAGUCUGUGUGGCUUCAUUUUACAGUCUCUCUAGGAAGGCUCCCACUAAUCCAAACAAGGAAAGACUGAACAAAAUCUAAUGCAUCGAAAUGCCUGAGAAUUUCUUCCCUGUCAAGCUGGUGGUGGCUACAUGAAGGCAGAUAAGAAAAAUACCUAAUUUGUCGUAAAAUGUUAGGUAAUGUAGUUACCGAGGCAGAGCAGGUGCUGCUUGGGAUGCCUAGGAUUGAGUCCCAGUUUCAUCUCCCAUCCUGGGUCUCUGCCACUCACUCAUAUUCCAAUGUCUGGCACAGCCACAACUACUGUAGGCAUUUGGGGAGUGAACCAGCAGAUGAAGAUCUAAGUCUCCCCCUCCAUGUCAC